AGCGGACUGUCAUUAGGAACACACGCAGAGAAUAUUGACGACGCUGUAUUUUGACAGCGUAUUUUUUUUUCUUCUCACCAGCAGCCUGAACAGAAUUUGAAUACAAACAUGUCUAUAUUUACGCCAACAAAUCAAAUACGGCUGACUAAUGUGGCGGUGGUGAGGAUGAAGAAAGGAGGGAAGCGGUUUGAAAUCGCCUGCUACAAGAAUAAAGUUAUGAGCUGGAGAUCAGGAGCAGAGAAAGACCUGGAUGAAGUUAUGCAGACACAUACAGUUUUCGUGAAUGUGUCCAAAGGUCAGGUGGCUAAGAAAGAUGACUUGUGCAAAGCUUUUGGGACAGAUGAUCUGACAGAAAUCUGUAAACAGAUUUUGGCCAAAGGAGAGCUCCAAGUGUCAGACAAGGAAAGGCAGAGUCAGCUGGAGACAAUGUUCAGGGACAUUGCGACUAUUGUGGCAGAAAAGUGUGUGAACCCAGAGACCAAGAGGCCGUACACAGUCAACCUCAUUGAGCGGGCGAUGAAGGACAUCCACUACUCUGUCAAGGCCAACAAGAGCACCAAGCAGCAGGCUCUGGAAGUGAUCCGGCAGCUGAAAGAGACCAUGGAGAUCCAGAGAGCCCACAUGAGACUGCGGUUGGUGCUGCCAGCCAAGGAGAGCAAGAGGCUGAAGGAGAAGCUGAAACCGCUCCUGCAGGUCGUGGAGAGCGAAGACUUUGACGAGGAGCUGGAAAUGGUGUGUCUGGUGGAUCCUGGCUGCUACCGGGAGAUUGAUGAGCUGAUCCGCUGCGAGACCAAAGGCCGAGGCUCCCUGGAAGUACUAAAUCUGAAGGAUGUGGAGGAGGGAGAUGAGAAGCUAUAGUAACCCAGCCAUUCAGGACUCUGCACCUUAUCCACACUAACAUGCUCUGCUGUGGCUCGCAACCUGCAAACUCAUUAAAGAGACUAUAUUUAAGAUCAAAUUCAGCCAUUCCCGAUUCCCAGUUUCUAUGUUUAAAAAGAUUAAUUUCACUAACAAAAAUCUGCAACAUAUUUUUACUUUUGCGCAGUAUACAUACUGGGAGGGAAUGUAUUUUGAAAAUAUGUUAGGUCAGUAAAUACUUCUGGCCUGAUUUCAUUUAUUUAUUCAGUUUUUUUUAUGUUGGUACCUCUGGACCAUCAGCAGCUCUUCUGGACAGUCAUUCAUUUCUGCCUUCCAUCAGACUCUGUAUGCCAUGCAGUCAUACUCAGUAUCCAAAUAUUAUGGAUAAUUACUUUAACUCAAUGAUUUAUAUUUUGUCAUAAUGAAUGAGUUUGCUCUGUAGCAAAUAAAUAUCUAACAGUAUA